GUUGCCUGUCCUCAGUCAGGCUUCUUCAUUCAGUAGCAUCACAGAUUCUACUAUGUCCUUAAAUAUUGUCACCAUCACACUUAAUAUGGAGACAGCCAGUUUCCUUGGCAUCAGCAUCGUCGGUCAGAGUACUAGGGGUGGUGAUGGCGGGAUUUAUGUGGGCUCCAUCAUGAAGGGGGGAGCGGUGGCCCAAGACGGUCGGAUAGAGCCGGGGGACAUGAUCCUGGAGGUCAACGGGAUCAGUUUUGAGAACAUGAGCAACGACGACGCCGUUCGAACCCUCAGAGAGGCAGUACAGAGGCCAGGCCCCAUAACUUUAGUGGUCGCAAAAUGUUGGGACCCGUCACCUCGAGGCUACUUCACCAUUCCUCGACAAGAACCCAUCCGACCCAUUGAUCCUUCUGCCUGGAUCAUGCACUCGGAGGCCUGCAUGGGAAGCAUGUGGGAUCCCAGACCCGCUGUUGGCGAACCCUCGCUGGGGCCUAGCGGUGCUGCCAUGGGGCCCGUGAUGUUGGGGAGGGAUAAUAUGACAUCUGCUACGUCCUCCGUUGUCAGUUCAGUUCCGCCUAACGAUUUUGUGAUAAGAGCUGCCCACUCAUCGGCCACAUCUAGUUCAUCCCACAGCUCAAAAAGUUACGCCGACCUAAAUUUGACAAAAAAUGCCGAUAUGUCACUGGUGGUUCGUGCCAUGGCUCAGCCAGAUUCAGGGUUGGAUGUAAGAGAUAGAAUGUGGCUCAAGAUUCCUAUUCCCCAUUCAUUCAUUGGUUCAGAAUUGGUCGACUGGUUGUAUUCACAUGUGGAAGGAUUUGUUGAUAGAAGAGAUGCCAGGAGGUACGCUUGCAACUUAUUGAAGUAUGGUUUCAUACAACAUACUGUCAACAAGAUAAGCUUUUCUGAGCAGUGCUACUACGUUUUUGGUUCUAAUGUUAUUCAAGGUUGGCUAUGCUUCUGGUUUGUACAAACAGACAUAAACAUACAUACGUACAAACACACAUGCAUACAUGCAUACAUAUGUACAUACGCUCACAGACUUGGCCUCAAUGUCUCUAGCAGACGAUAUCGACUCGGUAUCAUCGGUCGGCAUCCAACAACAGCAACAUCAACAACACAGGGACACAAUAGGCCCCCUUCCACCGCCCCCCUCUUGGUCCAUUCCCCCGUCCUUCCCUCCAAGACCGACCUACCCCCUAACGCCAAACAUCUAUCCAACGCCACUGAACAGCAUAGUGAAUUCUAA